UACCGGAUUGAUGUAGACUCUGUGAACAUAGCACUCGUUCAUUCUGACCGUGCGGCCAGUUUGGAGUGGUCCUAGCCGUCGCGACUAAUUUUGGAGUAACACUCCUACUCUGCUUUCAGUCAUGAUGUGCUCACUGGUGCCUCAACCAUCAUCCAUUUCCGUUAUGAAUGGAUACUGCAAGCCGCUCAAGACGAUACUCAAGUCCCCGAGCUUGGAUGCGUUUCAGAAGAUGCUCGUCAAUGCGGAAGGAGCCUAUUCGAGUUCGGAGGAUGAGGAUGAGACACCCCCACAAUUGCUGAGAGCGAAGAGUGUCGGAUGUCCCGCCUCUCCAAAGAAGAGCGUUCGAUUUGCAGACACUCACGGUCUCGCACUCGCUCAGGUGUACGACAUAAGAGAGCCGGAUAGAGAGGCGAGAUGCACAAGCCCGUAUUGGAGUGCAAAGCGCGGCCACUUGGUCAAGUCGCUGUGUUUGACUUGCUCGCAGCCGGCGUCGACUGACGGUUUCCUUGACAGAGUGAGACACAAGUGUGUGUGCUUGGAGAACGUUGCUGUGCGUGGUAUGAGCGUUAAGGGCACGGUGAUGGUCGCAAACUUGGCGUACGAGAAGAGAGUGUCCGUGCGGUGGACGGUCGACAAUUGGGGCAGUCAUCAAGACAGUGAAGCCUCGUAUGUACAGAGAGGCUCCUCUAAUGGCGAGUGCGACCGGUUUGCAUUCGAAAUUACGGUGCCGGAGAGCGUGGAAGCCGGUCAAAAGAUACAAUUCGCUGUGUGCUACAGACCGGCCGGCAAGGAGGAAUACUGGGACAAUAAUGAUGGAAAGAAUUACUCCCUUGAAUGUUACACUGAAUGGAAGAAAGAGAGACGGAAUCAGUUCCGUGAUCGAGGAGUACGAAGAAGCAGUUCCACCCUCUGAUUAUGUUAACUUUUUAGUAAAUUUUGCGUUGAUUUGGAUUCAUAGGAAACUUGGUGAAAUCAUGCUGUGAAGCUUUUUAACCUAAGCUUUGCUAAUGACGUGUAGACUAGAGCGUCUUACUGGACAUCUGUAGUACGUAUUGUAUUUUUGUAGACUACUUUGCAAUAGGCUACUAUUUUAGACAGUUAGAGCUACAUUGUAGCUUCUUUGAGGUGUAUACUAGAGUAUAUAGUAGCUAAAAGUGCUGUUGUACAAUGGAUACAA